AGCGCCCAGCCGAUAGACGCGGUGAGGAUCUUCUUUGAUACACUUGGUGCAUGACGAGACCACCGGAAAGGGUAAAUCUCCUUCGGAAUGUGCGCAGCGUCGACAUCACGCUUCUCCACCGGGCUUCAGUUUUCCCGCAAAGAUCUGCAAAGUGAGAAUACGAAUGAUUCUGUAGGCGGCCACGCAGCAGGCAUCGAGAUUCCACUCCUCUCUGAAGAGGAACACCUGGCGCGAAAGGCGACUGCACUUCGCCGGAGCAUUGCCGAGACGCUGCAGCCUCGUCUCGAUGUGGUUGACGACGCACUCCGCAGCGUUCAUCGACAACUUUCUGUGCUGCGACAAUGCCUUCCUUCUCAUGCCUUUAUUGCUUUUCGAGAAAACUGUGACGUGUUGAGACGCCAGCUGCAGCUAUUUGAGGAAUUGACGGUGCAACGGCUGCUGAAAGAGGCGGCAGAGAAGGCGGUGGCGAUAGGCGCGUGUGAGGCAUCUCAUGUCGCACGGUGGAAGAAGUCGAAUCAGUGGCCUGCAGUCUCGAACUUUGUGGAGCUGCAGCUCUAUCUUUCUCUCAAACCGGUGAGGUUGUCGCCGUCUGCAAUGGAGAUGGCUGGGACCAACAAUGCUGCCGCGGCAACGACGUCGGCGAUUCAAAAGCAACUGGCAAUACUCUGGUGUGAAUGGCAAGAUAGCUUCCAGCGCCAUUCCUUCCUUUGCCGCUUUUACUCGUUGAAAGACGUUUUGUAUGGUUGGGGACGAGGGUGGCGCAUGGGUCCCCCGUGCACAGGGGAAGACGACAGCAGUCGAGCAGACCGGCGUUCCCGUGGCAGCGAAGCAGCAAACAGCAGUGCUGUAACUGCGAGAUGCCUUUGGGAGAAGUGGGAAAGCCUCUCGGCCAACGAUCGUCUGAUGAGCUUCGCAUAUCUAUGUUCGCUGCACUUAACGGAACCGAUCGUGUCGACGCUGGAGCAGGCUCUGGUGACUGAGUUCGCCGAUGUGUGGAGCGUUGUUACGGCUACAUUGUGA